AUGGCUCAGGAUGCCUCUCCGAACAAGACCACACCCGUGAAUCACAGACGCAGCCGCACCAAAUUCACACAUGAUCAGUUGAAAAUCCUCAUCAAAGCAUUUGACAAAAAUCCUUACCCAGGUUAUACUACCAAACAAAAACUUGCUUUAGAAGUCAACACUGAAGAAUCUAGAAUCCAGAUUUGGUUUCAGAAUCGAAGAGCUAGGCACCAGAAAAAAUCAGAACCUGAUGAGGACGUAGAAUCAAGCCAAGAGCAAGAUCACCUUGAAGAGGAGGUUCAAAGUAGAGAAAAUAGACGGGGUCGUACCAACUAUACGUCCUCGCAAUUACACACCCUCAUUGAGGCAUUUUCAAACAACCCUUAUCCUGGCUUGGAUUACAGAGAACGACUUGCUAAAGAGACUGGCAUUCCAGAGUCAAGAAUCCAAAUUUGGUUUCAAAAUCGGAGAUCCAGACUCCGUGUCCAGAGAAAAAGAGAACCUGAUGAUGAAGAUUUAGGACAGAGACAAGACCAGGAAUAG